GCAGUUGAACGCGCCGCAAAACUAAUGAGAAAUUAGAAUUCAAUUAGAGUGCACGCGAGCGUCAAGCCAGUCGCAACGAUCAAUCAAUGUAUUCAUUUUAGUUCGUUAUCAAUUGCAAGUGUGAAACAGAAAGCCGCUGAACAAUAACAACAAUGCAGAUACGCCGGCAAAUGAGCAGCAACAACAACAACAUUAGCAGUACAACUUUUUGGCUGCUUUUGCUGCUGGUCACCUGUUUGGCUGCAGCAAGCGCCUCUUUGAUACCAGCCCGCUCUCAGCAGCAUUUUGAGCUUUUGAGUAAAGUGAGCCUGGAACCGCUCAAUGCCUUGCAGCCGGAAGAGGAUGUCAGCUACAGCUUUCGCACAAAUCUUAAAGUGAACUCUGUGUGGAGCCGGGCGGAAGAUCAGCUGCUUGAGAUCUACUUCAGUGAGAGCAGCGUCAGCACAGCCGGCAAAACGAACAAAGCUCAGCUCAAGCAACGGCAGAUUGACAGUCUGCCUGACAGGCCCUUUUACAUAGCACUCGUCAAGGGCCAGCCACAACAGUUGAUUGCGCACACUUCGCGGGAUCAGUCGCUGCUCAAUUUGGAGCGCGCCAUUGCCUCGCUACUCCAGCUGCGUUACUCCAGCAGCAGCAGCGACAAUGCUAACAAUGAACUCGAUGUCUCUGGGCAUUGUCGUGUGCGUUAUCAGAUGAAAUCCUCCACUCGCAUUGAGAAAACGAAAAGCGAUUGCGCUCUGUGGGAUUUGCGUGUCAACUAUCACCCCGAGCCCGCUUUGUGCAUUGACCAACACUCGGAGGAGCGUAUCAACUACGAACUGACGCCAGAUGGCGCUCUACUCCGUGCCAAUUCUUUGGAAACGCAUCGAUUGACGCUUGCCGCCAAACCAGAUGCAGGCAGUUUGGUGCGUAGCGAGCUGCGUCUGCAACAUGUGGCACUGGGCGAGGAGGAGGAACCCCAACAGUUGGAGCAACCCACGCUGCAGGCGGCCAUUGAUAGUCUGCUCGAAUGGUAUCGCGUCUUCGACCUGGAGGCCGAUGUCGAUAGCGUCAUCAGUGAGCUGAAAGGGCAAACGCUGCGCGAGCAAUUUGAGCGUAGCGUUGACCAGCUGCAAUUGGAGCACAUUGGCAAAUCCUCGCUAGCUUUGGCUUACGCCCAACUGUUGCCACUGGCGCGACUCACCAAGCAGUUACAAUUCGAGGAAUUGCUGCAAUCGCAGCCCAAACUCGCUGCCCAACUGAUGGAUCUACUGGGCGCUGUGCAAACUGGCGAAGCGCACAAUGCCAGCUUUGGCCACUUCUACAAGGGAGCAGAGACGACGCCAGAGUCACUCGAGCUGCUUGAGAAGUAUUUGCAAUCCCUUGCAGUGGGCACUCAUCCGGAUCGCAGCAUCCUCGAGCAUCUCUUUGACUGGCUCCAGCAGCCACUGGCGCAUAACAAACAAGCCUCGCUCAGGGACAGUGUGCUCCAAACGCUGGCGACGCUCACGCGGCACAGUGGCUUCGAUUUGAAUGAUUCGCUGCUGCAGCAGAUACGCAAUCAUCUUCUGGAAGGACUCGCCAACUCCAAUGAAGACGACACACGCUACAUUCGCGCCCUACAGAAUCUGAGGGAUCCCCAGACAAUCGAUGCCCUGCUGCAGAAGGCAAUGAUUGCCACGCAUCCCAAGCUAUCAGUGGCUUCGCUGCAGGCACUCAAAUCCUUUCCAGCGCAGAGCUUUUCCACAUCGCAUCGCCAGCUGCUUGAGAGCAUUUUCUAUCAGCGUCUGCAACGCUUUGAUAGCUCUGCUCGCACCUUGGCCUUGGACAUCUUUGUGGGCAUGCGUCCCAGCGACGAGCAGUUGGUCCAAUUGCUCGACUAUUUGGCCUCCACGGAUCGCCAGUUUGAGAUGAAGUCCUAUGUGCUGCAGAAGCUGCGUAUGCUCGCCGACAUUUGUCCACGUUUCCGCGGCAUGUUCAAGUCGGCUCUGGGCAGGCGUGCGCACAUCAACAACUACAAUGUCCUGGCACAGAAAGGACUGACCACUGUGCUGACCCGCCAACUCUCGCGUUGGCCCGCCUUCAAUGAGUCGCUGCUGAGUAUCCAGGAAGUGAAUCAGGGCAUCCUCAAGCGUGGCUCUGUCGAGUUCCUUCUGCACGCCGGUCGCGCUGAGGCGAGCAGCUUUAAGCUGGGCAUCUACACAGCCGGACUGGGCGCCAUUGUGGGCGAUGGCGAUGCAGAUGGGGAUGGCAACGAUCAAAUACCCCCAGAUGAUGAGCUGGACAGCGAGGAGACAGUCACCGCUGGCAUGGAGAUUAGUGUGCAGGGCGCCCAACUCCGGCCGCUGGUCUUCUUCAAUGGCCAAACAGAGCUGAUGGGUCACGUGUGGGGCGGCACUGCAUCGGAGCCGACGCCCGCCUAUCAGGCGACCACUCUGGCCCAUGAUCAUGAGCAUUACAUUGUGCUCGCAUCGGGUGCAACACUCCACUGGCGUGUCCUCGGCGCCCGAAGCGUCGAUCUCAAUGGCAAAGUGGGUUUCAGCCUGUGGAAUCGCAAUGCCCAAACCGAAAUUCAGCAAAAUACUGGCAGUGCUGUUGUCUCCCACCUGGCUGUGGGCUUCACCUAUGCCAAACUGGUGCAGGAUUUGACGCUAAGGCACGAGCCAAAGCUGAGCCUGCAGGCGGAUCUUGACUUUUACAGCGGCAUCAAGCUCUGCAUGCAGCUGCAGCGACCCGAACAGCAACUAACGCAAUCAAAUACUCGCUCCGUUUAUCUGCAGUCCGUGGAGAAGACGUACGCAAAGCAUUUGCGUUCCACGUGGACGCAUAAAACUGCUGGUUGCACUUUUGUUUUGAAUCAAAAGAAUAAUGAGAUGUGCAACCUGAUAUUUUCCUGAGAUUAAAAUCGCAUUUAUCUAUAUCUAUA